AUGGCCAGCGACGAAUUCAGAUUGGUGUCGCCGGACAUAGGCAACGAAGGGAGGUUGCCGAGGAAGUACACCGGAGAAGGUCAAGGUGCGAAGAAGAACAUAUCUCCUCCUUUGGAGUGGUACAACCUUCCACCUGGCACCAAGACCCUCGCUCUUGUCGUCCAGGAUCUCGAUGCGCCGGAGCCGGACGGUCCGAUCGUGCCCUGGACUCAUUGGGUGGUGGUUAAUAUCCCGGCUACGGUGAAACGGCUGCCGGAGGGUUUCUCGGGGAAGGAGGAGGAGUUGGGUGGUGAGUAUGCUGGGAUUAAAGAAGGUAAUAAUGACUGGAAGGUUCCAGGCUGGCGUGGACCAGUUUUGCCCGUUCAUGGUCAUAGAUUCGAGUUCAAGCUCUAUGCACUCGAUGAUGAAAUAGAUGUCGGUAACAAGGUUACCAAGGAGAAGCUGUUGGAGGCAAUUGAAGGGCAUGUGUUAGGAGAAGCAGUUCUUAUGGCCAUCUUCUGAUAUCAUUUUUGUAUUGUGGAUUAUGAAAGAUUAUCAUGUACUGUUUUUUUUUUUUUUUUUGAAUGUGGCAUCAAUGAACAUUCUAUAAGUUCAAAAAUAUUUUCUUUCCAUCAAACUACUUUUAUAUGUAACUUUCUUUCUUUCUCA